UUCCUCUCUUCUCUUCUGGCAUCCCCCAUCCCCCAUCGCUUUAUGUGCUUCCAUACAGCCUGAAAAAUCAACCGGAGGAGGAAACCUUCACACUCGCGGAGAAUAGACUGACCCUCAGCCACCCAGAAGAUCGCUUAUAACCGGGAUCACAGACUGGAUCAGAGUGACCCAUCUAAACCAUCUCGCACUGAUUUGCAUAUCCAUUCUUCCUACCUCCUUCAUUUGCCUUUCCUUCACUGAGAAUGGCAAGCGGGCAUUCCACUGACAAAUUCAGUUUUCUGUACCCAACAGACACCAGUCAGAACGUUAAGAGUAAGAACAGACUGUCUUCCACCAUGAACCCGGUGUACAGUCCAGUGCAGCCGGGAACCCCAUACGGAAACCCCAAGAAUAUGGCAUACACAGGUUAUCCUGGAGUUUACCCUACAACUGCCCCGACCUACACAGCCAACCUUUACCAGACAGGUAGCCCGGGAUACCCACCAGGAUAUACUGCAGGAACGCCUUAUAAAGUGCCCCCUACUCAGACCAAUGGAGCCCCUCCGCCCUAUUCCCCGUCUCCUAACCCCUACCAGACGGCCAUGUACCCCAUUAGAAGUGCCUAUCCCCAGCAGAACCUCUAUGCUCAGGGUGCUUAUUACACGCAGCCAGUGUACGCUGCCCAGCCUCAUGUAAUCCACCACACCACCGUGGUCCAGCCCAACAGCAUCCCCUCCGCCAUCUACCCCGCUGCUGUACCUGCACCCCGCUCCAACAGCAUGGCCAUGGGCAUGGUGGCCGGAACAACGAUGGCCAUGUCUGCCGGAACGCUGCUGACCACCCCUCAGCACACUCAGCUCGGAGCACACCCCGUCACCGUGCCAACAUACCGACCCCAAGGAACACCUGGGGACUUCUUCUCGUUUUCUCUCUCCCUCCUUCACAGAUCUGGAGUCAAACAUUGUAUGCAACUACUCAAAUCUUACAUCGGCGCUCUGUGCUCAACAGAGAUCUUUAUGGUUGAUCUGGAGUGGAGUGAUACAGUCCAUGUGGUUGAGAGGCAUUUCAGAGCACAAGUCUUCAAAGGGUUUCCUCUUCCUCUACAUGCAUUUCCCGUCUUGAGUGUUCAAGAGCCCUUGCCCCAUAGUAUGUAUGACGCACUACUGCGUGGUUCUGGCAGCAUGGAGGUCUCGUUCCUGCGAGGUUCUGGCAGGUCCGAGCGUGUUUUCGCCAGUGCGGUCCAGACCGUGCCGUUCGACCGUUUGAGCAAGGAGACCCACAUCAGGCUUGUGAAAUGA